UUGGCAAUCACCCAUUUCAGCUGAUUGCCAAAAUUUAGGGUUAUAAAACGGCUGGCAUUCAAGACAGUGCGUAUGAGGCUAUCCCCGAGAGUUAUCUUCACACUGUUGAGAAACGCAAAGCGAUAAGCAGAGAGCUCGCCGCACUUAACUAUACUCUAUACUCAACCUUAUUCUUGUUUCUAUAAUAUGAGUUUUUCACAAAAAAGUCAUCUAACUGAACAGGGACUUGUUCACGUUGGAGAGAAACUUUUUUCUUGUGGUAUAUGCAACAAGAGUGUUUCGCAAAAAAGUUAUCUAAUUGAACACAGUUGUGUUCACACUGGUGAGAAACCUCAUACUUGUAGUAUAUGCAACAAGAGUUUUUCGUACAGAAGUUAUCUAAUUGAACACAGACGUGUUCACACUGGUGAGAAACCUUAUUCUUGUAGUAUAUGCAACAAGAGUUUUUCACAAAGAAGUCAUCUGACUCAACAUAGUCGUGUUCACACUGAUGAGAAACCUCAUUCUUGUAGUAUAUGCAACAAAAGUUUUUCUCGAAAAAUUUCACUAACUGAGCACAGUCGUGUUCACACUGGUGAGAAACCUCAUUCUUGUAGUAUAUGCAACAAGAGUUUUUCGCAUAAAAGUCAUCUGACUAAACACAGUCGUGUUCACACUGGUGAGAAACCUUAUUCUUGUAGUAUAUGCAACAAAAGUCUUUCACAUAAAAGUUAUCUAACUGAACACAGGCGUGUUUACACUGGUGAGAAACCUUAUUCUUGUUUAUGUAAUGUGAGUUUUUCACGAAAAAGUCAUCUAACUAAACAGGGUCUUGUUCACAUUGGAGAGAAACCUUUUUCUUGUGGUAUAUGCAACAAGAGUUUUUCGCAACAAAGUUAUCUAAUUGAACACACUCGUGUUCACACUGGUGAGAAACCUUAUACUUGUAGUAUAUGCAACAAGAGUUUUUCGCACAGAAGUUAUCUAAUUGAACACAGACGUAUUCACACUGGUGAGAAACCUUAUUCUUGUAGUAUAUGCAACAAGAGUUUUUCGCGUAAAUGUCAUCUGACUAAACACAGUCGUGUUCACACGGGUGAGAAACCUUAUUCUUGUAGCAUAUGCAACAAGAGUUUUUCGCUAAAAAGUCAUCUGACUAUACACAGUCGUGUUCACGCUGGUGAGAAACCUCAUUCUUGUAGUAUAUGCAACAAGAGUUUUUCUCAAAAACGUUAUCUAACUAAACACAGUCGUGUUCACACUGGUGAGAAACCUUAUUCUUAAAGUAUAUUCAAUAAAAGUUUUUAUGCAAAUAAGUUAUCUGUCUAAGGACAGUCUCGUUCACAUUGUUGAGAAUCUUUACUCUCUUGCCACAUGUAAAGAGUUUUUCAUGCAAAAGUCAUCUGACUAAACAUGGUUAUGUUUAUACUAGUGAAAAACUUAUUUAUGCAGUAUAUGUAAUAAGAGUUUUUCACAUAGAGGUUAUAUGACUGAGCACUUUUUGCUCAUAUUGGAGAGAAGCCUUAUUCUUGUUGUAUAUGUAACAAGAAUUUUACUCACAACAGUAAUCUGAUGAAACAAAGCAUUAUUCAUACUAGUGAGAAACCUGAUUCUUGUAGUCAAUUUUUAACCCCCUAUUCACCGUUGACACUGACGUACCGCGAAAACCUGGUUUGAAAAUAUUGACCACAAGUCGAAAAGUGCAUUUUUCAUUAUUUUGGACAGUCUGUUUCCUAACUGGGGUUUUCUUAACUCGCUGCUAACUUGCACUCCGGUGUUAGAUUUACAUUUUUAUUGACUGUGUUUGAUUUCAAUUUUCGCUGCUAUUUUUUAAAAAAAAUUUCUAUGAAAGAAUUAAAAAUGGAUUGCAUUGAGUGAUUAAAUUUGAAUCACUCUUUUAUUGGACAAAUAAAAAAGAUGUUAAGUUUCGUUUUCCUAA